AUGGCAAAACCAUCGAAUCCCGCAGAUGAUCUCCUAUCAGAUCCUACGCAGACUUUUGACAAGUUAGUAGAGCUUUUAAAGACGAAAAAUGAUACGUCAAGAUUCGUUGGUCUCGCUCUUUUGAAGAGUGUACUCGACAAUGGUCAGCUAGUGCACGACACCGAGCGCAUACAUUUGAUAUGGGAUUCUCUAUCACCAAAGUUCCUCAAGCGUCUACUUCGCGCUAGAGAGAACAAGACUACUAGCAAAGCAGAGGCUAUAGAUAUGGUAGAUCUUUCUGUAUCUAUUCUACACACAUUGACCAAUCUGUUACCUGCAAGUGAUCUCAAUAACAAGAGGCUGACAUCACUUAUAAACCCUCUCAUUGAGGUUUCGCUUCAAAGCAAUUCAGCAACAACCGAAUUGAUUUUGAAAACUCUCGUCACACUUGUCAGUCAUCAAGAAGGUGCGGUUGAACUCAUUCAUAUCAAAGACGUGACGCCCUUGUGGGAAAUUGCUCCUCAAUACCCAUUGGCUCUAGAUGUAUUUACAUAUGCCUGGGUCAACGCAUCAUCUGUUAAUAGCGAGAUUCUACGUACCCAAGAAAGUAUAGAUGAAGUGAUCCCUGCUCUUCUAGUUGCCUUUAAAAAUACAGAUGCUGUUACCCUACUUCAGUCUAUUGGCAGCUUUCUCCCAAGGUUGAACCCGGAGGCAGGUCAUCCUAUGAUUAAAUCCAUUCAUGUACUAAUUGGUCUGCAGGUUUUGAGCGAGGACCCGCCAUGGCUAGUACCACUCGUCGCCGCUGUUCGUCGAUUGGUACUGAGAAAGCCUACAAUCACUGGUAGAGCUGCAUACACGAACCUGGCUGCAGCUCUCUUGCAACUGUACCCUAAGCAAUGUCCAAUCUUACUUUUCAAGAAUAGCGCAACCGACAACGCUGAGAGCAAGCCCUUUUCAUACCUAUUAGUUAACCUUCUCUUGAUAGACGUUCGAUCAUCGUUUCCGUCACUGCUUGCUCAAUUGAAUAGUGGCAACUAUGUCUCUAUUUCGCAAAGGUUAGCCGCCGGCUUCGACAUUCUUUCCAGCUUUAUUGGAUUUUUAGUCAGGAGCCUUGACGAUGACAUGCCUAUACCAUCGUUCAACAUGCCACCGGAUCUGCUACUGAAACUGCGAAAGGACAUCGCAGAAACAAUGUCGUUGACAAUCGAGUAUCUUCGCGACAGAUGGGAUGCUUCAAUGGCCGGAGCAUCGGGUCUUCAUCCAUCCGCGAGGGCAGGUACUGCAGUAACGUCUGAAGGCUCACGAUUAACAUUAACAUGGGACACGAUGGAAAAUAGCGUUACAACUGAUCCACUGGUAUUAGCUAGCAUCAGGGCUUUAUCAAUCUGGAUUCGCGAAGACGAAAACGAAAAUUUGCGUAAUGAAAGUGCUGGUCUGAUGGAUAUGCUCGUUGAGCUUUACAAGAUCAGCGUGGGUAACGCUCUUGAUUUUCGCUACCCAGUACUGCUUGCGCUUGAACCCAUCAUGCUUUCAAGCAUUGGUGUUGGCGGAUUCAUUGAGCAGAACGGCUGGAAAGUGAUUUCCGACGAUCUUCAUCACAUACUCGCAGAGAUUCCGACUUUAAUCAUACCUUCAACUGACAGCGUUGUCCCCGAAGCUGCUCGAGGAGUUGAAAUUAUUCGCGUUCUACUUGCGGUACUCGACGAUGGGACGACCAGCUACCCCCAGGAAGAUUGGAUGUCGUCCAUUGCAGUUGUUGCAUCUAUGAAGAUUUCUCCAAAGCCAAACGCUUCGGUACUAGAGCUGCAAGUUGCUGCACUCCAGCUUGUCUCGGCAAUCCUUACAAAGGCUGCCUCUGGAGUACAGAAGAGAUAUUUGACAAGCAUCCCAGCGCUUCUAGGUCUUGCAAACCAGAUCCGGCCAUUGGUGAAGGAAUUGGAUGAGGCCUCGUCAAGAGAGUUGACCGAUCUACUUGACGACGCUUCGUUGGAGAUAGAAAAUCUAAGGGCCGUACGAUAUUAG